AUGGGUUUGAAGAGUGGUUCUUCCCAACCAUCUCCAAUGACAAAGAAAGCUCCUGGGAAGAUGAAGACAAGAUACCCAGCAAGAAAGACCUACAUGUCCAAGGUUCAAAAUAAAGAACCCGCCAAUGUCCCUCUAUGUGAGGAUGUUACUGAUGAAGAGGAAAUCAAUGCUGAAGACUCUCCUUUGAAAUCGCCUCCUAAUGUUGUGCCCGAUGUUGAGACAUCUGUGUCUCAGGAAAUUUAUGAUCAAGAAAAUUCUGGAAACGUGUCCACUACUCUUGAAGAUUCAGGCAAGGCUACCAAGCCUGAUGUCUCUGUAUCGUCUUCUUCAAAGGAUGCUGAUCCAAAGAAUGGCAAUUCUGAGGAUAUCAAUUCUGCAAAGCCAACCCAGGCUCCAGCCCAUGUUCAGGACAUCUCUAAUGAUGUUUCUGAUGAUGUGCCCCUGGUUAAGUCCAUUCCUGAUAGCGUUGCUGCCAGGAUGAAAAGAAAAAGAAAGGUCUCUACACCUGAAGUCACUCCCACUCCACCAAAGAGAUCCAAGUCAUCUCUUGUAACCUACAAAUCUAAACAAGCAAGUGUGAAGGAUAAGGGAAAGCAAAAGGCUGUCAAGAGUCCAACACUUGGAAGAAGUGUUAUUGAAUUUGCUGAUGAAGAAGUGUCCAUGGAUGAUGUUGCUAAGGAACUUACUGCUGAUUAUGUGAAGAAGUGGCCCAACAAGAAAUUGUUGUCCACUGGCAAUCUCAGUGUGAAGUAUGCAAUCUUUAACAGGAAUGGUGCUGUGAAUUGGGAAACAAUCAGGGUGAGCACUGCAAGGAUGCUCAAGGUUGAUGCUUUGCUACUCAAGCUGCAAGAAGAAGAACGCCAAGGAGGUGAGCAAAGGGCUGCAGCUACAGCUGCUGAUGAUGAGAGCAGUGAAGAGGAGGAAGGAUCUGAAGAGAGUGCAGAGGAAAAUGCAGAAGAGUCUAGAGAGGAGGAAGGAUCUGAAGACUAUUGCUACUGUGAAGACUAUGUGUGUUUUUCUAGUGUUAGCUUUGGUCUGUUCAAUUUGAAGACAAGUUCAAGACAAUUGCUAGGGAAAAUGAAUUUUACCAGUGCGGACCUCCUUGCUGUCUUUGAGAAGAAGAAGAAUGUCUCAUUUCCUCCUCGAGUUAACUUGAAGGGUGACAAAACACCCUCCCCGUCCAAUUUGGAGGGCGAGGACCAGAAGCGAGCGCCCCAGAGCCUUGGCAAAGAGGUCUCCCAACCGUCUUUCAAGAAGAAACUCGACUCGGUCGCCGCUUCUUCUUCUGGCGGGGAGGACGUCUCGGUCACCGCCUCCACUUCCAGUGAGCCUGGUGGACCGCCCAAGACGACUCUAGUUCCUUCGUCUGGCAUACAAGGCGAGCUCGCCAACAGAGCCCCCCCUGGAAUCAACUCUACCACCACCUAG